UUUCUCUGUUCUAUGGAAAAUAUUUUGUUUGUUUCCCUUUCCCUUCAAAUGAGGUUAGGUGUCGUUUUUAUUCCUUGACGUCUCACUUCUUGAUCAAUUUUGCAAAAUUUAAAUCGCAGUUCGAUACCCAAUAGUCAUGUCUACUUUAACAAGAAUGCUCAGGUUGUACCCAAAAUGCCAGUUUGGGAAAGUCCUGGGUAAUGGUCAAUUAGGAAUGCUCCAAGUGGUAAGACCAAUAACAAUGAGGGUAGAACAAGCUAAACCAGUCAUAAAAACGGACCAUGAUGACAAAAAUAUGAAUCUUAAAAGACCAAUGUCACCUCAUCUCACGAUAUAUGCUCCGGAACUACAAAGUUUCAUGUCCAUUACUCACAGAGCAAUGGGUAUGGCUAUGUCUACCUAUCUGAUUGGUUUUGGUAUCGGUACCAUUGCUCUACCACAAGACAUUAGUACAUACAUAGCUGCCCUUGAUGCUAUGAAUAUUCCCUCACCUAUACUUUUUGCUGGCAGGUUUUUGGUGGUGUUACCUUUCACAUACCAUGCAAUUAAUGGAAUAAGGCAUCUGAUUUGGGACAUGGGAAGGCUUUUAUAUAUUAAACAAGUUAUUUCUAGCGGUUAUGUUGUAUUGGGAAUUGCUCUGCUUCUUGCUGGAGCACUUGCCAGUUGAAAAGACCAUGCUGAAAAAUUUUUGUCAUCAAUUAUUUUCAGCUUUUUUUGUUCGGAGUGAGGAAAUAUAUCUUGUUUUAUAGGAACAGUAUUUUGAAAUUUUGUGAAUAUUUAUCUGUAAUUAUGGCGGUAACACUGUUGAACUUGUUGUAAUAAAUUUGUAAGUCGAA